AUGGCGGACUUGAAACUGAACAAAGAAAGCCAUGUUAGCUACAUUAAGUCACUAGAUUCUAAGCGACAAGAUUAUGAAUACUGGCUGUCGGAACACCUUCGCUUGAACGGUGUGUACUGGGGCUUGACUGCCUUGUGCCUCUUGGACGCCAAGAAUACAUUCAAUAAACAGGAGAUUAUUGAGUUUGUAAGAAGUUGCUGGGACGCCAAGACCGGUGGAUUCAGCGCCUUUCCUGGGCAUGAUGCACAUAUCCACACUACACUCUCAGGUAUUCAGAUUCUGGCCACUUAUAACGCACUGGACGAGGUCUUAGAGGGUGAAGCACUGAAACAGUGCAUCUCUUUUAUUAAAGACAACCAGCUGCCCGACGGAUCUUUUCAAGGUGACCGAUUCGGAGAGGUGGAUGCUCGAUUUGUGUAUUCGGCACUGAACGCGCUGUCAAUUCUAGGGGAGUUGACUCCAGAAGUGGUGGACCCCGCCGUAGCUUUCAUCAAGCGUUGUUACAACUUCGAUGGUGGGUUUGGGCUAUGUCCAGGAGCUGAGAGCCAUGCGGCCAUGGCAUUCACUUGCAUCGGAGCGCUGGCUAUUGUUGGAAAGCUGGGCGAACUUUCCGCGGACCAGUUUGAGAAUAUCGGAUGGUGGUUGUGCGAGCGGCAGGUGCCGGAAGGAGGCCUCAACGGGCGUCCCAGCAAACAACCGGAUGUGUGCUACAGUUGGUGGGUCCUUUCAUCGCUGGCUAUCAUCGGAAAACUGGAAUGGAUAAGCUUCGAAAAGCUACGCGAGUUUAUAUUGAAGUCUCAAGACCCCAAGUCCGGAGGCAUAAGCGAUCGGCCUGACAAUGAGGUCGAUGUCUUUCACACGAUAUUUGGCCUUGCAGGGCUAAGCCUCAUGGGGUAUGAUGGCCUUAUUGAAAUCGACCCCGUAUAUUGCAUGCCAACCUCUGUGACUAAGACCUUCAAGAAAUAUCCGUAUUAA